CCGCCGUAGACCCCUCCGCUCGCCUUCGUCUUGGCGUCACAGGCACGAAACGGCCCAACUUGCUUGAAUUUUCUCGUUCUACGAUUUCAUCAUUUCAUUUGCACGCAUUUCGUUGGAGUUCGACGCGAGCCGACGCGGCACGCACGUGCACGCAAAGUGAUGAUGAUGAUGUUGUUAUUGUUUUUAGGACCCUGGCGGGCAAAACGCGCGGCGACGAGGAUGGCGUGAACAGGUAGGCUGCCCGAAUCAAAAUAUGACGUAAUAUUACUUUUCUUACAUUGCAUAUCUGACGCCCAUAAAAACAACAAUUAUUAACGAUGACAUGCGAUGACGUCACGGACAGGCGGGGAAGCCGCAAUUGAGUUUCAGUGCAAACUUUUUAUUUUGGAGGGGACAUUUUCAGACUGCAAAGUCUGCAUAUGCUUUAGAUGACGUCACCGCGGCAUGUAGAUACUACAAGCAAUAAUGAUAGUGCUUCUUCUUUUUUUUUUUUUUUAAACUGUAUCUUUGUUCUUCCUCAUAAGGUUUUGACGUGUCUUGAAUCACAGCGGGGAAUUUUCAUAACUCAAAAUGAAAUUGUCGAAAAGCUUCAAGCGCGGUCGUUUGGCCUCACUUAAGGCCUCGCGACCCCCUCCGUUCCCUUCAUGGCAGUUUUGUUGUUGUUUUACGAGGGCCCUCUCGCGCACAAAGAUUGGCAGUAUUUUAUGUUUUUCUUUUUCCUUUUACAAUCGCGCGUGAGGCUGAGCAAGGGGGCGGGGCUGCAGGAGUGGAGGCUGGGGGGCGGGGCCACGAUAGAGGAGAAACAAAGACAGUAUUUCACCGCUGAUGCUCACUGGAGCUCAGCUGGCACUGGCAGUAUUUACAACCUACUGCAAUGCGGCACGGCAAAACAAAAAAAAAAAAAAAAAAAAAGGGACAAAAGGGGCGACAGUGACGCCACACAAACCUUGAAAAUUUACACCAGGCCACGGACAGAUGGACACUUGUGCUGUGCUGCUGAUUGUGGCUUUGCUCUUUGUCGGUUUGUGUGCAGGAUGACCAAAAAAAAAAAAAAAAAAAAAAAAAAACCACGAUGACAUUACCUGAGAAGAAGACGGCGAAGAAGAAGAGUUGCAAAUUUGUCACAAAGGACGACGACGAUGACUAUGAUGUGGAGGAGGAAGAGGAGGAGGAGGAGGAGGAGGAUGGUGGCGCGAUGGUGAACGGGCCACCUCGAGCUGACCCCGGGCCACAACAAAGCCGACUACCAGUCCCUGUCUGGGGCCUUUUUUGCGCCUUUUCUCCCUGUUGUUGCGCGGCCACAAGGACAAAUAUGGCCCCCGCGUCCCUUCAAUAUGGGCCCGAUUAAUUUUUCAGCUCGGGGCCCCCAUCUGUGGGGGGAGAGGUCCGUUAGCUAUAGGUCAUAAAUCUACCGUGCGUGCUCAAUAGAAAGGGGGUUGGGGGAGGGUGGAGGACGAGGAGGAGGGGGGGGGGUAGAUGGAUGGAUGGUUUAUAUAGAUGAGAUAAUGACGCAGCAGUUCCCAUCCACAAACAUCCAAUUUUCCACUUUACCCCCGAUGGCAAAUCUUCAUUAGGUCAAUUGGAUAGCAAUUUUGUUAUUUUAUUUAUAUAUAUUUUUUUUUUUCAUGAAAAGUAAGACCCGCAAAAAAAGGCGAUGCCUGCCAUUGGCUGAGCCGGCGAGUCACGUGCUCCUCGCGGCCGUCCGUCUAUUUGACAGCCGCGGGGUGGCUCGACGCCAGAGGGGGGAAAAGGGGGACACGGGGCGAAGGGGUAGAGGGAGACAGAAAGAGAGAGAGAGGGCAAAAAGAAAAAUUAGUAUUCUCCUUGCAGCCUCGCUAUAAAUCAAUCAUGGAGUCCUACGCGGUGAGCUGCAAAUACGCCGCCGAGCCGCACUUCCCGACUUGCGAAGAAGAUUACAGUCAUUUCGCGGACCAGGGGGGCUACUACGACAGCCCCCCGGACUGCGGCGCCUACGGCGGGGGCCGCUACCUGCACCGGCAGCAGCCCGCCGCCGCGGCCCCUCCGCCCGAGCCGGGCUACGCGCCGCAGCCGGCCGCCUACGAACACUCCUUGCAGGCGGCGCUGCCGCCACUACCGCAGCAGCAGCAGCAGCAGCAGCAGCAGCAGCAGCAGCAGCGGGACGACCCCGAACGGCUGCCCCAGCAAGGCGCGCCCUUCCCCGGCUACACCGAGCCCGACGUGCACGCCGCUGGGAAGGAGGCGGCCUUCCCGCAGAUGUGGAUGACGUGCGCCGGUAAACCCGCUCAGGUGCAGAGGCGAGCCGGGGGCGGAGGCGUCGGGGGGGCCCACCAGGCCAAGGACAAGCCGCCGGUCGUGGUCUACCCGUGGAUGAAGAAGGUGCACAUCGCCCACGUGAACCCGAACCAUCCGGGCCCGGAGCCCAAGCGUCUGCGCACGGCCUACACGCGCCAGCAGGUCCUGGAGCUGGAGAAGGAGUUCCACUUCAGCCGCUACCUGACCCGCCGCCGCCGCCUGGAGGUGGCGCACGCGCUCGGCCUGUCCGAGCGCCAGGUCAAGGUGUGGUUCCAGAACCGGCGCAUGCGCUGGAAGAAGGACAACAAGCUGCCCAACACCAAGGGACGCGGCAAGGCCAAGAAAAGCGGCGACAAGGCGGAAGUCCCGCUGUGAGCUUUUGGCAGUUGCGGCGGCGGCUUCUCUUUCGGUUCUGCAUCUCCCGGAAGGACUGAGGCCUGGUUUCGGGGAGAACGGGCUUCUUUUUGCAAUUAUUGUUAUCAUCAUCAUCAUUAUUAUUAUUAUUAUUAUUAUUUCUACAGGGUAAAACGCAACAAAGCAUAAUACAGGGUUGUAUGAGAGCGAGGCAGAAUGUUACUUGUACGCACGUGACCAAAUUUUUUUGUUUUUGUUUGUGUGUGUGCGUGUGUGUGUGUGGAAGGCACACACGGGCAACAAAUGGGCACGCCGUUGAUUUUAUGUGCCACACACACACACGCGCGCGCGCGCAGCUGAGCCCCAAAAGGUGUUUGCAUAUUUGUCUCAGGGUUUCCUUACAGGGUUUUAAAGCCAAUCUAGCACCAACAUACAAAGAAUAAUAUCGUGCUUUUUUAAACUUCUUUUUUUAAUUCCAGUGUAAUAUGCUAUAUUUUGCCUCCCUUAGUACUUAUUUUUUAUUACGUGUACGUUCCAAAGCCUAUUUUAUUCAUGUUAGUAGCCAAUCUGUGUCGUUUUUUAAUGUAAGAAAGUACAUAAAAAAAUCCGCGUACAAUUUUUAUAUAUGUGGUAAAAAAAAAAAACAUUUUGAUAUAAAAAAAAACUUGGAUACAUAAAUAAAAGCUUUAUGCCACACUA